AUGCUUGCGGUAGCAAACGAGAAGGGCAUAAACCUCAAUCACUGGGAUGUGAAGCAGGCGUACACAUACGCCACAGUACACGAGGCGGUUUUUCUGAGGCUCCCCGCUGAGUGCGGGGACAAAUCACAUCAAGUUGUUCUAGCUAAGCGUGCGAUUUACGGUCUGAAGCAGAGCGGUAGGCAGUGGGGGUACCACGCUGCUGAUACGCCAGUCGAGAACGGGUUUGAACAGUGCAAGGCGGACCCGUUUGUUUUCCCCAAUAUGGUAGACGAAGUCGUGGUGAUGAUUAUCAUCGUGAUCUACGUGGAUGACAUUUUGGUGGUUGGGUCUGACGAGGAUUGCGAGGAGUUGCUUGCUUCUCUCAACAAGAAAUUUCCCACCAAAAACCUUGGAGAGUGGCCGAAGCGAGAGGAUGAGGAGCGAGGGGAGUGGCCGCUGAGGGAGGCCAUCGGCAGCAUGAUGUGGGUGUCGACUUUCUCGCGUCCAGACGUCUCGUUCGCCGUGCGUGCGGUAGCGCGCCACGCCCACGCCCCGGCGAAGCGGCACUGGGAUGCCAUACAGAAGAUCCUCGGCUACCUGAAAGGGACGAGGGACCUCGGCAUCACCUACCAACGGGGAUCGGGGUUAGGGCUUGCCGUGUACGUAGACGCUAGCUACGCCGACACGGAGGAUAGGCGUUCGGCGACGGUUGGAGACGCUAGCUACGCCGACACGGAGGAUAGGCGUUCGGCGACGGUUGGAGGUACCGUGGCCAGCCAUGGCAGCAAGACACAGAGCAUCGUGUCUUUGUCUUCGACGGAAGCCGAGUACAUUGCUGCCGGGGAGGGUGUCAAUGAGGCGUUGUUUGUGCGUGCUGUGCUUUCGUUUGAUGCCCCAGAGACCAGAGGUAGCAGCAUCCAGGAAGCGGACGAGCGUGUUGGUUUCUGUUUUCAGUCUACUCGCUUCGCCGUGUUUACCGGGGGCGAGCGAGAGCACGUGUGCGUGUGGUGGCCAAGGGUUGUUUUCUGCCGUGACGUUUCUGCGGCGGCGGCGAUGGCGACCAGGGUGGCCGUAAGGGCGGCGGUGGGGGCCGCGCUUCGGGUGGAGGGGGAGCCUCGGGAGCCGCGGCCGAUGGCGGAAGCGGCUCGUCGGCGCUGGUCGUUCGCCGGGGAGAUGGCAGCAACUGAGGACACGGGCUCUGCCUUUCGGCGGGGCCAACUCCACAGUCGUGUGGGAGCGUAGAUCAGACAGCGAGGCCGGGUUCCCGAGCGCUUGGGGCCGCCGCGUUGGCGGCGGCGGGCGUGGGCGUCGAUCGAGGGGCGUGUGUGCCCGGGGCUGUCUCUUGUUGCUACCAGGUGAUGUCUCGUUUAGGUCGAUUGCGGGUGGGCGUGAACUUUGCGUGUGGCGAUCUCGUGUGUCUGCUUUGGCAGCGGUGAGUUCACCCUCCGAUAUGGGUGUGGGUCUUAGUGAGGUGGCUUCCGCUGGUUCCGCCUUGCUUAGACAGUGUGGGGGGCGUAUUGAAGUGCUCGUGGUGGCCAGUGGUGCCGGCUUCUUUGCGCCCCAUCUCAGUGUGGCGUCGGUUCGUGAUUUUUUUGGGGUCUCGAAACGUUUUCCGCAAAUUGACAACCUCCUCCGCGUGUUGUGUCCUGGCGCGCCGGUCGAUGUCGCGCCGGGGGGGUGUCUAGACGCCGAAUUAAAAUACGGCAACCAUUCCAGCAUUUUACCAUACACUCCGCAGAUCAUUGACAAGAUCGUUUCGGAUGUUACGUUAGGUCGUGCUCUCGUCUUCGACGUGCAGUUCAUCCGUGAAAUUUUGGGUGUGCGUGUUUCCCCCCUUGGGGUGGUGGACGAUCCGAAAUUCCGCAUCAUUCAUGAUCUCACAUUCACAGCGGCUGGUGCGUAGUCUAGCGUCAAUGCAGAUACAGUUUUGAUCGUGCCCCCGAGUGUCUGUUGGGUUAUGUACUUUUCGAUAUCUUGUCGCGCGUCCUCUUUUUGUGCCAAUUGCACGGGCCGACCCUCGAGAUUUUGCUCUGCCGUAUUGACGUGCGUGAGGCUUUUCGCCAAGUGUUGGUCGACCCUUCGAGGGCGUCGGUAUUCGGAUACACGAUGGGGGACGUGGUCGUCAUCGACCUUCGUUGCCAGUUUGGUUGGCGUUCCAGCCCAGGUUUUUGGUCGCUGUUUGGUUCCGCUCUUGAGCAUGCACACACCCACACUACUUUUCAGACAGCUUCUGUGUUGCCUGCCGGAGUUGCGGCGGUUGAUCAUGUUCAGCUUGUUCCUCCCCAAAACUUCCCCGUAUCGUUACCGCGUGAUUGUGCCCAAAUUUCUAUGGAGGGCUGUUUCGCUGGUUCCGCGUUUUUCGUUCGGUAUUAUGUGGAUGACGGUGUGCUUGUCGAGGCGCGGUUUUUCACGGAUGGUCGUCGUUGCCUACGUGCAGUGCAGUCGAUCGCGUCGGACCAUUUCCGUCUGCUGGGACACCGGGGGCCAAACGAUCCUCCGUUGUUGUCUGCAAAGAAAAUCACCGAUUUUUCGACGCGUUUGGAGGUGUUGGGAUGGAUUUUAGACACGCAAACUCUCACAGUGACCAUGCCUCUGCGAAAACAACAGAAAUUAAACCGUUUGUUGGGCGAGUGGCCGCGGUCGCGUCGGUGUGCGACUGCCCGUCACGUCGCGGAAUUGACCGGUUUUCUUCUUCACGUGUCUUUUGCCUUGCGUCCGGGCAAAUUUUUCGUCGGCUGUCUGUUGGCCGACGUCGGCAUGCCGCAGUCCGAAGUGUUUCCUUCGAGUGUUUCUAACCCCAAUCGGCGUGUCGUGUUGGGGCCCAUGUUUCACGAUGAUUUGGAUUUUUGGCGCUGGUUUGUGCAGCGAGGUCUGGCGUCGCGUGGCGGCCAGUUGUGUGCACCGCUGUACAAUGCGGUGCUUCGUCCUCCGGUAAUGGCUGUGUUUGUCGAUGCUUCCAAAACGGCGCUUGGAGCAUACUGUGUGCAAACUGGGUGUUAUUUCCGGCGUGAUCUGACGUGUGACGAGCAGUCCCGCUUUGUGGGGUCUAGCAAGUCUGUAUCCGAGUGUGCCGAUGUCAGUAUCAGUGUUCUUGAGCUACUCGACAUGGUCACGGCGGCAUGGGUGUUGAUUGUGCAACAGCGUCAUGUGCCGGUGUCGGCUGGUGACUGCAUCCAGUUGCGGGGAGACAAUGAAGCGAGUGUGGCAUGGAUUGAGCGGUGUCGCGGAGGCAAGGAGCCGCGGUCAGGCGCGCUCAUGCGGAUGCUGGGGGCGAUUGAAGUGUCUAGCGGGUGGCUUUUCCAAUCGUCCCAUGUGCCUGGUGUGCUCAAUUCGCUUGCUGAUGGUAUUUCUCGCUGGCCCGCCG